GGAGGAACGAGUGUAUCCACACCUACGAGGCUCGAUCCUCUGCCGGUUUGUCAGAUUUAAGUUCAAUUUAUACCUGCCUCUUCUAAAAAUGUAAGCUAGCACAGCAUAAACCUUCAAUAGCAUUUCCAAAAUAUGUCUACUCUCAGUCAUCCCGCGAUGUGAGUGAGCGGUGAGACAUCAGUCCCACACCAUGAUAGGACAUAAGGCGCAAACCUCCCCCCGAUGUCUGUAAGUGUUACCCAAGUUAUGCAUCCCUUCAGUUCGGCGGACAAGCGGUUUCAUCAUUAUGGCGCUUGGCUGGCAACUCUGGCUUUCGCCACGCCCACUGAGACGUACGGAUACUCCUCUUGGGCCUCGCAUGCUCUCUCCAAACGAUGCGGCACUCUAUGAGUUCUUCUACAACGAUGAGGGUCAUCUUAUUGUGAGGGAGACGCACUACGCCGAGAACCAGGUCGUCCGAGAUGGAUUGUCUGGGCCGCCACUGCAUAUCCAUCUACGGCAAACUGAGUUCUUCCAAGUCGAACAGGGCACAUUGGCAGUUACCAAGAAUGGGAAGGAAUAUGUACUCACCAAGGACGAUGGCAUUCUGAAAAUCUCCCCUGGCACUCGUCAUCGAUUCUGGGCACAUAGUUCCACCCAAGAAGACCUUAUCUUCAAGGUUUGGGCUGAGCCGCAAGAAUUUGAGCAUGCUUUUGAUGAAAACUACCUGCGCAACGCCUUGGGAUAUCUUCGAAACUGCCAAGAAGAAAAUAUUAAACCUUCCAUCUUUCAGAUGGCAUUGCUCGGUUGGAGUAGUGACACUAUAUUCGUCACUCCCCCUUUCUGGGUUCCUAUAUGGAUCCUGCGGUUAAUCCAGUAUAUGAUAGGCUGCGUUGUAGGACAAAUCCUGCUAGGGUAUAGAGUAACAUAUCCCGAAUAUAACAUAAAACCACGAGAAGACACUCGCGUUUUGAAGAAACAGAAGUAAAGGCUGUGUCAAUAACAUGAUAGUUAACAGCUGUUAGGGUUAUAGUAUCAGAGCUAUUUCCCUAGGGUCUUAACGGAGUUUACUUAUUGAAAUGAGUCUUGACAAAUUAUUUUCUCGCGAUGACUUUAAUAAUACAUUAUACUCUUCAUCCAG